GGCGUGUGACGUUCCCGGGUCGGCAUCACCGGGGAGACGCGGCCUAGAAGUCACGGCGACUUUCAGCUGCCGGCCUGGAUCAGAAAUCCGGCAGGAUCGGGCCCCCAGCGGGUCCCCCAUCCAGCGCAGGAUCCUGCCCCCCAAAACGGGACGCGGACUCCAAGAGCCUCCUGCUGCCCUUCUCGUUUGGCGGACAAAGAGCUCAGCGGCAGCGGAGGCGAGAGGUUUCCCUGGCACAGAGGACCUGAGCCUGGCAGAGGCUCCUCCAGGUCCCCGGGGUGCUGAGUGGCCCCCGCGAUGGGUGAGCGCCAGGCCCGCGCCAACAGCCUGUUCCUGAACGAGGAGGAGUCCAAGGCGCUGGGUCCGGGGGGCGGGCGGGCGCAGCGCCUCCGCCAUGUCCUGCGCAAGAGGGCGGCCCGGGCGCAGGCCAGGAUGUACGCCGUCACCCGGGAGAGCGUCCGCAGCUGCCUGCAGAGGAACGCCUUUGUCCUGCUCACCGUCACCGCCGUCCUGCUGGGGAUCACCCUGGCGCUGGCCCUGCGGCCCUACAAGCUCACCUUCCGGCAGGUCAAGUACUUCUCCUUCCCCGGGGAGCUCCUGAUGCGAAUGCUGCAGAUGUUGGUCCUGCCCCUCAUCGUCUCCAGCCUCAUCACAGGCAUGGCGUCUCUGGACAGCAGCGCCUCGGGGAAGAUGGGCUGCCGCGCCGUCGUCUACUACAUGCUGACCACCCUGAUCGCCGUCUUCAUCGGCAUCUUCAUGGUCCUCAUCAUCCACCCCGGAAAGGGCAGCAAGGACGCCCUGCACCGCCAGGGCACCGUCGAGCAGGUCCACACCACCGACGCCUUCCUGGACCUCGUCCGGAACAUGUUCCCCCCGAACCUGGUGGAGGCCUGCUUCAGACAGUACAAGACCCAGUACAGCAUCAGAGUCGUCAACCGGACCCUGGCCAGGGGAGCCCCCACCUCCGCCCCCCAGGCCUUGCCGCACAACGGCAGCAGCACCACCGCCUCCCUGGCUUUGCCCCCCUCACCGCUGCCGCCGCCUGAGAACGCCACCGGCGUCUGGCGCAACGUCUCCCAGGCGCUGGGCGCCCUCCCGGAGGUGCUGAGCUACGAGGAGGUGGUCCCGGGCGCCGGAUCGGUCAACGGCGUCAACGCCCUGGGCCUGGUGGUCUUCUCUAUCUGCUUUGGCCUGGUCAUCGGCAGCAUGAAGCAGAGAGGGCUGCCCUUGCGGGAGUUUUUCGACUCCCUCAACGAGGCCAUCCUCCGCCUGGUGGCCGUCAUCAUCUGGUACGCCCCCAUUGGGAUCCUCUUCCUGAUCGCGGGCAAGAUCCUGGAGAUGGACGACCUGGCGGUGAUGGGGGGCCAACUGGGCAUGUACACCCUGACGGUCAUUGUGGGGCUGCUGGUCCACGGCCUCCUGGUCCUGCCCCUCAUCUACUUCGCCGUCACCCGCAAGAACCCCUGGCGCUUCGUGGGGGGGCUCCUCCAGGCCCUCGUCACCGCCUUCGGGACCUCCUCCAGCUCGGCCACGCUCCCCGUCACGUUCCGGUGCCUGGAGGAGAACAACGGCGUCGACAAGAGGGUGACGCGCUUCGUUCUGCCGGUGGGGGCCACCAUCAACAUGGAUGGGACGGCGCUCUACGAGGCGCUGGCCGCCAUCUUCAUCGCGCAGGUCAACAACUACGAACUGGACUUUGGGCAGAUCCUCACUAUCAGCAUCACCGCCACGGCCGCCAGCAUCGGGGCAGCCGGCAUCCCCCAGGCGGGUCUGGUGACCAUGGUGAUUGUCCUGACAUCCGUGGGGCUGCCAACCGAAGACAUCACCUUGAUCAUGGCGGUCGACUGGUUCCUAGACCGCCUGCGGACCACCAUCAACGUCCUGGGUGACUCUCUGGGCGCAGGCGUGGUGGAGCAUUUGUCGCGCCACGAGCUGGAGCUGCAAGACGCCGACUUGGGGGGCGACUCGGGGGCCGAGGAGAACGAGAAGCCCUACCACCUGAUCUACCCGGAAAACGACACCCACAAGGAUCUCAGCGGAGAGACCGCGAUGUGAUGGCGCCCAGGAGGGGCCGGGGAAGCUGCCGGGGGCCGGGCCUGUCUGGAUCGGAGCCAUCGACCGACUGUGAAAUGCCAAGGAGAGGCGCAGCCAUCAUCCUUAUCCCCUUCCCCAAAUUCUUCCCCUUUCCCCAUAUUCUGAUACAUCAUUACAGUCCAAAAAAUGAGAGCAGGCAGCGACGGAUCUCUAACGGUGACAAUUUUGCACGAAAGGAUCAGGAUUCGAACUCGCGCCUCUCUCUCUCUCCGCCGCAGCGCCUCUUCUUUCUUUCGAUCGCGGGGGUUUCCACGUUAUUUAAAUCUGGUGCCAAUAUUCCUUUUUUGCGUUCCCCACCCCCUCCCCGAAUCAUGUUCAUCCCCACUCCAAAAAAACAAACACUCCUCUUUCCAACACUUGAAGCAAAACACACUUUUUUUGUAAAAAAAGAAAGAUUGUAUAGAUGUGAUGCUUUACCGGCGUAGAAAAUAAACGCUGUUUAUUUAUGAUGA